AUGACCUCUUAUCAACAACAGCAACAACAACAACAACAACAGCCACCCGCUGCUCCCAGUGGACCUUCUACUUCAUCUACCAGUACGCGCAACUCGAAAUUAGACCAAAUCAUUCAAAACUUUUAUACCAAGACUGCACAAAUCGUUAUUCAGGCACGGUGUACUCCUGGUCAUGACGCACGAUAUGCAAAGUCCACCAACUUGAGAGGAUCCACUACGACCAAAAAGAUGAACAAAUGGUUUAAUAUAGCAACAGAGGAUGUCGAAUUAUUACGAGAAGAUUUGAAAUAUUGGAGAACGAUGGCAGUACAAUCCACAGAGGACAAGGAACCACCGCCCAUGAUACUCGACAUUUACCUAGACACAUCCAAGCUAUCUCACAAUCAAUCGCUGGUAGUGGCAGAUGAUAACCUGAGAUGGGGAUGCGUAGAAUUGAAGACUGCGGAUGCGCACCGUAUAGACCGUAUCUUGAUUGAAUCAUGGGAAUUAACCUUAAAACACCCAUUUCCUGAAUACGCAGUGGACUUACCCAACCUAUACAAACGCUCUAUUGUCUUUUUUCGAUCAUUGCAUUCGCUCACUCGAUUAUUACCUAGUUAUGACCUCUACCGUAAAUUACACAAGUCGAAUGAUGCAAGCAAUUCAUUGUCUGUAGGAUAUCGAUUAUCGACAUCGUCAGGGCAUAGAAGCUCAACGGAGAUAUCACUUGAUACUCCCAUUAUCGAAAGUGAUGCUCGCAAACCAACCAAGUUGUACGAAUUCAACGAUAUUGUUACACCAAUUGGAACGUUUAAAUUGAAUGUGAGCUAUCGACGAAAUUGCGACUUUAAGAUUGAAGAUGCCGAAAGAGAUCUCAGCGCUCAAUUCAUUGACAUGGACGAGCAAUUCUUUACGCCCACCAUGGCAAAAUAUCAACAGCAACAACAACAACAACAGCAAGGGAAACAAAAGCAAAAGCAGCAGCAGCAGCAAGAUGCCGACGAUUACUUUCGAUCACCCACUGCUACGGCAACUACUACAGCCACUCGUCCUGUUUCCAUGUUUACUCAAUCUACUCAAAGAGCGUCUCUGGAGUCUAAAUUGGAAAAUGCAAUGAAGCACGCAGAUGACGAUUACAGGCCUUUGCCGCUUACUGCUAUCUCCAAACACCCAACAGACGCUUCCAUUACACCCAGACCUUUCAGUAGCAGCACUCGCAACCCGCAUGCAGAGUCGCCAACGACUAGCUCUGUGGCAGGAACACCUUCCAGUCGAAGAGCAUCCGCGCCGUUUGCCGUAUCACCUUUCAAAUCUCCAUUUCUAUCAUCCUCACCACAAGCCGAGUCUAUUUUUUCAGGCGCAGGCAGUGGUGGAUCCACUCGUCAUUACUCAUCCACUGUAUCGUCCGAUAAAUCUCGACCUGUCGACAGUGGAUCGUUUGGUCGAAAGAUUGAAUUCUCGUCAAGCUUUGAUAAAUACAAAUCGAGCCCAACCAAUCGUACUACCACCGCAACAGGAGACUCUCCCUCCAGUGCAAGCAUGAUGCGAAGAUGGUCUCGUGCCAGUGAUCACAGCUCCAUCAACAUCAAAAGCGAGCAUGACGAUGACGGUGACGAUGAUGAUGAUGAUUUAGCGAGAUUUGUCAAAUUUGUAGGCUCCAACCAGGAAUUACGCUUGUUUCAAGAUCAACGCAGUAACAGUGCGACUCAAAUGCUGUCUUCUGCAUCUGAUAGCGCAAGUAGUGCUGGAGGUGGCAGUAGCAUGAUGAUGGGUGCUUCCAUGUCGAAAAAAGCAGCUCUCUCUCAUUUUCAAAGCUUACGAGAUACACACAAUUCCCUAUCAGAUUCUCUUACGUCCAGCAUGUUGAUUAGCAAUGCAAGUGCAAGUAGCGCUGGAGGAGGAACUGGAGGAGGAGCAUCCACAUCAUCACAACAACACGACCCCGUAACUGGCAUUUCACCUGUGUCGUCUACGUCUUCCACUGGUCGCUCCUAUCAACCUAUUAUACCAUCUCCAUUGCACGCUGAACAAAGAUCAACAUCACCUGUUCAUAUACCGCGCAGUUUCCCGCAGCUUCGUUCCUUGACAAACCCACACAAUGCGCUUAGAUUAGCUAGACUGAAUCCAGGUGAAGACCCUCAUCAUCAUUCACAUCAGCAACAUGACGAGGACGAGGAUAACAAUGAUGAAGAGGACGACUACCACCAUGAUCGACGUCGGCGCCACCAGAAUAGACGAGAAGACACUUCUGCAUCGUCCUCGUACGGUUCAGGCAACCAUGACCUGUCUGCCUUCUCCACGUACCCACAAGAUCACCACCAUCAGCAUCUCAGCAUGCUUAGAAACACAGCAGCUGCAACAACUGGACAUACAGGUGGCAGAGCUAUUGGUACACCCAAUCCCUACGAUCGACCUGUGCUCAGAGACAGUUCAAGUAGCCGCCCACAGCAGCAGCACCAGCAGCAACAGCAGCAACAGCAGCAACAGCAGCAACAGCAGCGACCAGAGCACACAAGAUCGAUAGUGGGCAGCGAUCGCUAUCAGUUACAGAGGUCACAGCAUAACAUGGAUAGCAGUGAUAAUAGCUUGAUGCAGGAUAAUGCCAAUGCUUCCAGUGGACCAAGCAGAGCUAACAACAGUUCAUUGAUGGAUGAUGAUGACUCGCUUGUCUUCAAAAUGAGUGAACUCGAAUGCGAAGGCCCCCCGCCAUCAGCACCACCGCUCUCGCCUUCCUUUACAAAGCCUACAUCUUCGACACCAUCCCCCAAUAACAACAGCAAACAACACGAUCUGUUUAGAUACAAAACGAGUGGUGGCAAUACAGCCCAUGUGUUUAGUAAUCAUAGCAGCUCGUCUUCUGUGGCGACUUCACCUACCAACGCUACCAACAACCGCGUCAAUGAACAUUUCCUUGAAUUAACGCCCACCCCUUUGUCACCACCUCUAUUGCAUCGUUUACAAAACAUCUCCAUGUCGACUGUGACGGAAGAAGAGGAAAGAAAUAGUGGAUUGUUGAGUGCUAGUGGAUCCAGUAACAAGAGCGAUUCUAAUACACCCACGAGCAACCCAGCUACUAUCACAAAGCCUAGUCAUCUUCCAUUUGAUGGAUGGUAA